GGGUCCCUUCCAGCUCAGGAUAUUCUGUGGGUCAAUAAUUCUUUGGCUGCUGUGCCCAUUCAAGGAUUUCAACCUUCCCACCAUGGCAUGGCAGGACUCGGUACAAGGUCCUGCAUGCUGCUCCUGGAUGUGGUGCCCAUGGCACAGCCCCUAUGGGCAGGUCCCCCUGGCACAGCCCCCCUGGCACAGCCCCCAUGGGCAGGUCCCCAUGGAGAGGUUCCCCUGGCACAGCUCCCCUGGCACAGCCCCCCUGGCACAGCCCCUGUGCAGGUCCCGCAGGGCCACGCUGGCUCUGGGCGUGUGGCAGUGCUGGGUCCCUGGCACUGCCCAUGGAGCCCCUGGUGGCCUCUACUGAGCAUCCUCAGCUUGAGCCUGGCUCACAUUUCAGGAGUGGCACGGGGGAGUGUGCCAGCCUGCCCAGGGUGCUGUGGGACGAGGGUAUGCAGAAGUGUGGCACAUCCCCAGGCUUUGCUGCAUCCCCCAUUCCCUAUGGGUGCUACCCUGGGCUCUGUGCUUGCUCUAGUCCAUGCCUGGGUCCCUGCAGGUGGUUAUUUGUGUGCUGGGAGCUGUAAAACAGACAAGGGUGGUCCUGCAGAUGUGGGGAGCCACCCCAAAAUGUGAGUUUUGUCAGAAGUUUGCCAGAUCAGGCACUGUUUGUACAUCAUGUACCAAGUGGGGUGAGGGGAAGAGGUGCCUGGGCAGGGGCUGCCAGUGCUGCUGGAGGCUGUGCAUGUUCUUGGUAAGGGAUGUGGGGAAAUGGCCCCAGGAGAUAUUUAUUUCUUGCAAUUUCCACAUUUCUGUGCAUCCAGCAUUGUGCAUAUUUGGAAUUUCACAUUUACGGAUUCCAUUUGGCCAUACCGUGUUUUCUGGGGAAGAAGUUUCUAAUUUUUAAAGGUCUUUUAUGGAUUAAUUGCUAGUCAUCUGCCUCCUUUUUGCUUUUGUUUGGUUCCUUGAAUGUCUCUUGAUUAUUUUGUACUAUGUGAUGCCAAUUUAGUGGUUAACUAGUAUGCAAACUACAUCUGGACGUGUUGACUUUGCAUUAACAAUCAUUGAUUUGUCUGGAGCAAGGGAAUAGAAAUGAAUGCUGCUGUUUACCGUGGAUAGUAUAUGAAAAAUAACCAUUUGCAAUGUGCCUUUCAUCAGGGGCACAGGGCUCUGGUGCAGCUUGUCACAGUGGCUCUGCCUCAUCAUGUGAGAGCUGAAUUUUGAAACCAUGGCACCAGGAAAAGGGACUGGGGAAGGCAGGGGCUCCUGCUGUGUGGGGAAGGUGCCCUGUGUAGGAGCAGCUCCUGGUGGCUUUGGUUAGCUCUGGUGACAGUGGGGUAAAGUUGUAACAGAGGGGGAGUGGAAAAACAUGAGUCUAUGUAGUACACAAUAUGUAACAUAUAAUAUACAGCACAUGUAUAGAGCUUUUAGCAUGGGAACAUAACCAAGAGGAUGCAGAAUUUAAUAAUCAAAAAUAAUAAGCAGAAGGUUGAGUUGAUGGUGGCUUCAGCAACAGCUGUUUCUUCCCAAGCCCUGUGUCUGCAGCUGUGUGGAGGGCUCUGGAUGGAGCAGGGUUUGGUGCCUGCUGUCCCUGCUGGCCAUGGGGAAGCUGGGAUGUGACUCUGGCUGUUCAGGUGACCCUGGGAUGUGGGAGGCAUUGCUGCACACUUGUGUGUCCUCUGGAAGAGGGGAAAGGCUGAGCAGAUUCUCUCUCUGCAGAGGAGGUCUCUUCCCAAGAUGUGCUGAAGACAUCAAAGCUGCCUUGCACUCUCUCCUUGGUGUUCCAAGGCCGAGGAGAGCAACAGCAGCGGGCGGAGGAGCUCUUCCAGCAGGGAGUGUUUGAAGAGGAGCCCGCAGAGCCCCAAAGCCGAGGGCUCCGACUCGGUGACAUCUCAGUCCUCCCCCAGUGAAGAGGCUGGAAUGAUGACUGAGGUGAAAGUGAAGACAGAGGUACCAGAUGACUACAUCGAGGAGGUGAUCUGGCAGGAUGACACCAAAGAUUCCAAGAAGAACAUCAAGGACGGGCCGGGGGACGUGCCUGCGGAGAUCUGCGUGGUCAUCGGCGGCGUGCGCAACCAGCAGACGCUCGAUGGAAAAGCAGUGGAACGUGACUCUUCCGUUGGAUAUACACGAAAUCGAUAUUCAGGGACCUGGAUUUUUGACCAUGCAUUGAGAUACACGUCCGGGUCUUACGAGUGUGGAAUAUGUGGGAAGAAGUACAAGUAUUACAACUGUUUCCAGACCCAUGUGCGAGCACACAGAGACACCGAAGCUGCCUCAGGGGAAGGAGCCUCACAAGGCAGUGCCCCUCUGGCUGCGGAAAGGGAGAAGAAGCCUCUCUCCAGAGCUGUCUUUGUGCUGCCCUGGGUGGAAUCCACAGAAACAAACAAUUUUAGGUACACGUGUGACAUUUGUGGGAAAAAAUAUAAAUACUAUAGCUGCUUCCAAGAGCACAGAGACCUACAUGCCGUGGAUGUUUUUAGUGUGGAAGGGGCCCCAGAAAACCGGGCAGACCCCUACGACCAGGCUGUCAUCGCCGCUGACGAGGUGAAGGAGGAGGAGCCUGAACCCUUCCAGAAGAUUGGGCCAAAAACUGGCAAUUACACCUGUGAGUUCUGUGGCAAGCAGUACAAGUACUACACUCCCUACCAAGAGCACGUGGCUCUGCACGCCCCCAUCAAGUUCUCUCGAUCUCCACUCUUCGUGGCAGUGAAGACACAGACGAGCCAGUCCAGCAAAAAGUCCCCGGCGUCCAUAAACCGCUGCUCCAGCCUCCUGCACCGUGCACCCUCCGGCGUCCCGCCCGCCUCCCAGGCCCAGAUGUUCCGCGCUCCCAAUUCCGCAUCCCCAGGAGGCAAGGCCAUCACAGCAGAAAGUGCUUUCAGCAGAAGAGUGGAAGGCAAAGUGCAAAACAACUUUGAAGAAACAAACAGCAAUUCCCAGAACUCCAGUGCUGGUCAUUCGGGGACAGAAAAACCUAAAGAAAAGAGGUGUAAGCAGAACCCAUCAGAGCCUUACACCUGUGGAGCUUGUGGAAUCCAGUUCCAGUUUUAUAACAAUCUCCUGGAGCACAUGCAGUCCCACGCAGCUGACAAUGAGAACAACAUUGCCUCCAGCCAGCAGCCCAGGUCACCUCUCCCCGUGGUUGAAGAAAAGUGGAAGCCACAGCUCCAAAGAAAUAAUGCCAACAACACGCCGGCGAGCGGCUCUCUGGGGAACAGCGCCAUCCCGGAGAAGGAGCGGCAGAACAUCGCCGAGAGGCUGCUGCGGGUCAUGUGCACCGACCUGGGCGCGCUCAGCGUGCUCAGCGGCAAGGAGUUCAUCAAGCUGGCGCAGACGCUGGUGGACAGCGGGGCUCGCUACGGUGCCUUCUCCGUCACCGAGAUCCUGGGCAACUUCAACACCCUGGCUCUGAAGCACCUGCCUCGGAUGUACAACCAGGUGAAGGUGAAAGUCACCUGCGCCCUGGGCAGCAACGCCUGCCUCGGCAUCGGGGUCACCUGCCACUCGCAGAGCGUCGGCCCCGACUCCUGCUACAUCCUCACUGCCUACCAGGUGGAAGGCAACCACAUCAAGAGCUACGUCCUGGGCAUUAAGGGCAUGGACCUUCGAGACAACGGUGAUUUUAUCCACCACUGGGUGCAGAACGUGCUGUCGGAGUUUGUGAUGUCGGAGAUCAGGACGGUGUACGUGACAGACUGCAAGGUCAACUCCUCGGCGUUCUCCAAGGCGGGCAUGUGCCUGCGCUGCUCGGCCUGUGCCUUGAACUCGGUGGUGCAGAGCGUGCUCAACAAGAGAACGCUACAGGCUCGCAACAUGCACGAGGUGAUCGAGCUCCUGAAUGUCUGUGAAGACCUGGCAGGGUCCACGGGCCUCUCAAAGGAGACCUUUGGCUCCCUGGAAGAGACCUCCCCACCGCCCUGCUGGAACUCGGUCACCGACUCCCUGCUGCUCGUCCACGAGCGCUACGAGCAGAUCUGCGAGUUCUACAGCAGGGCCAAGAAGAUGAACCUCAUCCAAAACCUGAACAAACACCUGCUCAGCAACCUGGCAGCCAUCCUGGCGCCGGUGAAACAGGCCGUGAUCGAGCUGAGCAACGAGAGCCGGCCCACGCUGCAGCUGGUGCUGCCCACCUACGUCAAACUGGAGAAACUGUUCACUUCCAAAGCCAAUGAUGCUGGUGUGGUCAGCAAACUCUGUCACCUCUUCUUGGAAGCGCUGAAGGAGAACUUCAAAGUUCACUCAGCACACAAGGUAGCCAUGAUCUUGGACCCUCAGCAGAAGCUGCGGCCCGUCCCGCCCUACCAGCACGAAGAGAUCAUUGGCAAGGUCUGUGAGCUGAUCAAUGAGGUGAAAGAGUCCUGGGCAGAAGAAGCAGAAUUUGAACCUUCAACCAAGAAGCCUCGUGCAGCAGGGGAGGCCACCGCAGCUCAGGAAGAAGAUUGGUUUGGGAAAAGUGAAGUCUAUGAUUAUUUGCAAGAACCUCUCUUCCAGGCCACCCCUGACCUGUUUCAGUACUGGUCGUGUGUUACCCAAAAGCAUACGAAACUAGCCAAGCUGGCCUUUUGGCUCUUAGCAGUGCCUGCUGUGGGUGCCAGGAGCGAAUGUGUAAAUAUGUGUGAGCAGGCGCUCUUGAUCAAAAGGAGGCGGCUACUCAGUCCAGAAGACAUGAACAAACUCAUGUUUUUGAAGUCCAACAUGCUUUAAGACUUUCUUUUAAUUAAAACAAAACUUUAAAACACUGUUCCAAACAAAGAAAAAGAAAUUUAAGUUCUAAACACUGUGGACCUCAUUAUGAAUGCCCCUGGAAACCAAGUGCUUUUUUAUAUAUAUAUAAAAAUAUAAAUAUAUAUAAAAUUAAGUUUGAAAGGAAAGCUGAGCACAGGAGAGAGACAGCCCUCUGCCAGGAAUGUGCUCCUUUCCAUAGAUAGUGUGUGGACUUGACAGACUUUUUAUGUUUUCAAGUGGGCAGACGAAUGGGAGGCUGAUGUUCUAAAGUCUUCAGGCAGCUGAGAUCUAAAGUGACUUGAAGUUUCUUUUGUUUCUCCUCCACCCCACCUUUCCUCUUGUCCCCUGGGCCAUCUUGCCAUGGAUAAUCAGACUCCAUUGACCAGACCAGUUCUGCACUGGACUUUGCUCCUUUGAAUAACUGUACACCUUGAGGGCACUUGGCUGCAGCCUUCUUGGCAUGGUGCGUGAAUCAGGGCAGCUGUGUUCCAUCAACACCGGCAUCUUUAGAAAUCAGGAAGGGAGGCUUUCAGGUUUUUUAUUCUUAAUUUUAUUUUUAACCUUUCCAUAUCCUUUUUUUUCCCAAAAAACAAAAGUUAUUCCUCUGUCUCUACUCCCAGUUUUGAGUUUAACAUGGCAGCAAGUGAUUAUAAGUUUGAUUUCAAACUAAGAGAAAUGGUUCAUGGCAGAAACUGUCAGUAGUUGUUGCGUUUCUUGGCUUUAUAUUUUUUUACAGCAGAACUUCUUUUCUGAACUCCCGGUGUUAAUUACCUUUUCUGUGAAUUUUGUACAUCAAGUGUUCUCAGACUUGUUCUAGAGUAGUCCAUUUGCAAUUAAAUAAUGUUCUUAUGGGAACCACAGCAGUUGUUUAUGUGGCAAAGCCUAGAAACCAAGAAAAGCAAAUGGUGAUAGCACAGGUGGCUGUGGGCCACCAGUGAGCUUGCCAGGUCUGCCAGAGAACCCUUGUACCUACAGCUUUUUGUUAAAAAGUGUCUCAGUGACACACAAACCACCCUUCCCAAGGCCAAGGACAAACCAAGGUGUAUGAUUUUUCAGGGGAACAAAGCUCACCAGUUUUGUCAAACUGGGGUUUGAAGGAAGCUUAGAGAAGUGCAUGGGCUCAAAGAUCCUUCUGAAUGUAAGUGCUCCUGAUUGAGUGCAAAGAAUAUCUUCCCCUUUUUGUUUGGAAUGGUUUCCUCUAGUGGCACGAAUGUCUUUUUGAUACCUACAGUGCAUUACACUACUUGUUCUGUUGCUGACCUGUUCUGGCCAGGAAGGCCGCGGGCCCCGAAAUGUUCACAUGUAACUGGCUCACCCCAAAUGCAAUUAGAGAUCCCCAUAACCCCAAACCAUCUUGGUCACUCUGCUGUCCCCAAGGCCAGAGCUCCUGCAGGCACAGCUCCUGGGCUGCUGGACAGGCUCUGCCAGCUUUGGUGCCUCUUGGACAAUUCCCAACCUCUGGUGACAAACUGUGCAUUUUUCACUGCUGGGACUUGUCUCCUGGAAGAAAACUGAAGCAAAUUCUUCUUUUUUCAGCAGUCUCUUGGGCUUCCAGGAGCUCUGGAGCUGCGGUCCCAGUGGCGUGGGAGGGUCAGGAGGAGGCACUGGCCCUGCUGAGAGCAGGCUGGAGCCCUUCAGCAGCACAGGGAGUUUGCUGCUGGCUGGCAAUGCAGGGGGAAACUGGAGACCCUCUCUGCAGUGCUGCUGUUGAGCAGAUGUUAAACCAGGAUCCCACCUGCCCAGCUCUGGCUGUAAGAGAAGCUGCAAGUUGCAAGACAUGAGAAAUAGCAAACCCAAUCUCUCAGGCUUUGUGUGCAGAUGCCUUGAACCUCACAGGCACUCCCUGAUACUGCACUGCCACAGGACUCAGGGGCACAGUUUGCACACUGGACCCUUCCCCACGCCAGGCUCACGAGGACAGACCUUGGCACCAGCUGUCUUGCCCUUUCCAGCCCUUUCAGCCUUCCAUUGCCUUGAGGCUGGUGUUUGGGUUGACCUCUCAGCACUGUUACUGCCAUCAGACCAAAACCAUUGUCUCCUAAAAUGUUAAGUUUUUGCCUAAAGCACACAGCCUGCCACAUGAACAGGAGCUGCCAUGCAGAGGCUCCUGGACUCCUGAUUUCCCUGUCAGUGGCUGAUGGAGGGGUUGCUUGUAGGGCCAGCUUUCCUUCUUGCUGCUUUUGUUUUCUCCUGUACGAAUCCUGCAUGCCCAGCCACCAGUGGUAGCAGUUUGCAGGGCAGGAGAAACCUGUGGCAGACAGAAAUGAACCCUGAGGGAGUGAGAUGUGUGCCAGGCCCCUGGUACCUGACAGCAGGAAAACUUGGCCGGUGCAUGUCCCCAAACAGGAUCAGCUGUGGGCACAGAGGGUACCACACAGCUCAGCUGAUAGCACAGGGAUCAGGAUUGGCAGCUCCUUCUCCUAAUGGCACGUUACACCUUUUUGUGUGGCUCACCUGAGACCCUGGGAGCUCUUUGAUGCUCAGGAGAACAUGCAAAGCCCUUGGAUUCCUUUGGAAAGACAGCUCCAGCCCCCAGCCCUCCUUUGCUAAGGGACAUGUAGAUGAUUUCUGUGGAAUUUGUGGACUCGGGCUCGUUGUUGUUGUCUGUGUGAGGCAUCGAGGGUGAGAAGUGGGCAGAGUUAGCACAGCUGUAAAUCCCUGGAGCUGAGAGCUGGGCAAACUGCAGGGAUCUGUGCCCAGCAGUGGUGCAGACUGAGGGCAUGCAUGCAGGAAGGCCACAGCCACCCCUACCUCCCAUCCCACCUCCCCUUUCCCUUCUCACACUGUGGGUUUGGCACCAGAGCUGGCAUUUUCUGGUGGUGCUGACCAAAGAGAGGGAUGGACUGGCCCUCUCCCCCAUCCCAAAAACUGCCCCUCUGAGGCAACUUCAGUUGUAGCUGCACUAAUGAUGGGUGUUAAGCAGUGAUGUCAGGCAGAUGAGAUUCUCCCAAAGACUUAAAAACUCAACAGCUGCAAAAGCAAGAGAAAACCUAAAGGCCUAAAGUGGAGCAUCCUCAGAGGUGGUGAGGAGAGGGGCUGCUUGGGCAGCCCCUUCUCCAGAGACUCAGUGCAGGAAGGUGCAGCUUUUCCUGACUUGCACAUGGCUGCAGGGUGCCCAGCUCAGAGGAGCUGUUUGUGCUGGGCCUGCUCCAGGCUCUCUCACGGUCACUUGGGCCUCAGUAAAAGCAGAGAAGCACAUCUGGAGCACAUGCAAUUACCUUCAAUGCCAAGCUUUUGCUCCUCUUACUUCUUCCUUCUUCCAGGCUUGAAUUCACAUUCUGAGGAGCAAAAGUACUUUACCAAGGUCUGAAAUUUGGAAACUCUCAGCUCCUGCUCUGUGGUGCCCCAGAGGUGAGGAGCAGCCAGGGUGUUGUAGGGAGCACUGCUGGUCCUGGGCUGGGAGACUGCUCAGGAGAGGCUCUGAGUUUGGCCAGGGCUGUUGUGAGGUUCUGCUCCCUUUGAGCUGGGAGGAGAAGUCCUCAGAACUGGGAUCAUCCUCUGAUGGGUCAUGUUGAGAACUUGCCUUCUGCUUGUUGGUUUUCUUUUAUCUCCCUUGUGAAAUGUGUCAGGGUGCAGGAAUGGUGUGUGGCCUCCAGGCAUCCAUCUGUUCCUGCUGCUGACUGUGCCUGACCUUGCAGACUCUUCCUGGCUUCACAGUUUGCUUCGAGAGCGUUCUGACCGUCAGGUGGGGAACAAGCACCACCAGGUGAACUCCAAGAGGGAAGGGCCUGUCUGAACAUCCUUGUUACUGCAGAGGGUGGGAUAGAGGCAGAGCUCUUGAGGAGGUUGUUUCUGUGUGGGUGCAGCAGCCAGGAGGUCAGGAAGGAGCUGUCUCCUGCCUCUCAGUAGGCAGUGGUUGUGUUUGGCUUGCAGGAUGGACUUGGUGUCUUGCACCUGGGUUGAGUUGAGAUGAGCUUCCCUUGCUGUCCAAGCUCUCUGUCUGUGCUGAGAAAACUGCUGUGGGUGGAUUUGAACUGGUGCAAUCUGCAAAACUUUCUGUGAAAGCUGACUGUGGGCUCAGGUUUUGUCUAACUCAGUUGUUCCUUCAUUGCUGGUUAAGCCAGUUUAACUUUGAGCUGAACUGGUUUAAGCAUCCACACAAACCACCUGCACUGGUUUAUCUGUGCUUGCUGGACAGACGUGAUGUCCAGCAGCAGCUCAGGGAGUCAUGACCCUUAUGUGACUUUUGCAAAUGAAUUUGCAGCAGAUGCUCUCAGAACCUGGCAAUGACUGAAAAUAGAGGGGAGACACUUCUGGAAAUGACUUGAGCUCUGAAUGGUGGCAUUGGAGUGUCCAGUGAGAUGGCUCAGGUGGGUUGGGUGGUUUUUCUCCAACUGUCUGCAAUAACCCAGAAGGUUUAGCAGGGGAAGGAGUUACCAAAAAUGUUUGUGUUGGUGGCAGAGUCUGCUCAGAGGGACCAGUUCCACUCUGGCCAUGGUGAGCACAGGACAGGGGACUGGAACCUCCUGCUGCUCCCACGGUGCCCUGGGCAUUUCUAGGCAGCACCAUGUUGCUGGUGAAUCAAAAUGCAUUAAAAGAGCAGCCAGGAAGGUGCUCCAAGGCUGGGAGUGCUGCUCUGUGCUGAGGAGAGACUUGGAUCUCUGAUGGCAUCUCUUGGCUGAGGGAGAGGCAGGGCCUCCUGUGAGCAUCACACAGGAAGGGACAAGCUGUUCCCUAUGGAGUAAUUAGGAGUAAUGGGAAAAAAAAAAUGUAUUAAAGGCAGAUUCUGGGAAAUCUCUUCAGGGAGGAGAACUCUGUUCCUCUGGGAGGGGUCUGAGGGGAAAGGUGUUUUGAGCUCUGUUGUUGAAGACAAGGCUGCAGAGUGGAGCUCGCUCCAUAAACACUUGGCUGGACCUCGCCAAGAGAAAAGGAACUGGGUGUAGGGGUGGGAAGUGCCGGGUUCCUGCCCAGAGCCCUCCAGGAGGGUUCACAGAGCCUUUUCCUCCCCAUCCUCCCACUCAUCACCAGCAGCAAGCCCUUGCCAGCUCCCAGUGCAUCCCUCAGCCCGUUCCAGCAGGGAGGGAGGCAGCGGAGGGGAAGCUGCCAGUGGAGGAGCAAAUGUCCUGUGAGAUCAGCGUGGGGAGGGUGUUCAGUGUCUGCCUGCUCCUGCUGAGCUUUCCUCUGCUGCUCCGUGGCCUCAGAUCCCUGGGAUCCCCUGGGAAUGCCCAGAGCCACGGCUGAGCCCUGUGCCCCGUGUCAGAGCUGACGCUGUCGCUCUGUAGCAAUAAGAACUCCCUGUGUGUGGGACCUGUCCCCUCACUGCUCUGUCACCUCCUGGGGCUUCUGGAAGUGUCCCUGAACAAACCCUGAGGCCCAGCUGAGCUCCGUGAGACAGGCCUGGGACAGUCCUCUUACGCUAGGCCAGAAAUGGUGAACCAAUGACAGUGGGUUGCCCUGAAAUUUAAUUGUAUCUAUUGAAUGUUUGUGGGAUUUCUUUUUAAUUUCAGGUUUAGUUUGGCUGCUUAGUUGAGGUUUUUUCCUGUUCUGAGUCCUUUGUAACUUGACAGGAGAGUUUUGCUCACAUAGACAACAGUGUAUCCAUAGACCCUGAGGGGUUCCUUAUCCAUAGGCAGCUGAGUUGGAAUUUUUGGCUCCUGAAACAAGGAAUGAUGACUGGCAGGAUUUUAUGUAGCAUUCCUGACAGUGGGACCCAGAUGAGCAACUCAGGCUUAAUGAUGGGAAUAUUGUAGGAAUAUUGUUGAUGACACAUCCAACCCUUGCUUUUUACAACCAAAGCCCCUUAAAAAGGCACUUCCAGCCUCACUGGCCCCAAAUCCUUGUUCUCACCUCCCAGGGGUUCUCGUGGCAGUCUCUGCAGUGUCUGUGGAUAGGCUGGGGUUGUUUCUUCCAGUGGGCUGGGGGUGUGGGAGAAGGGAUAACUUUUCCCCUUGCUGUGUAGAAGGACCUUCCCCCUCAAGGAAGGAGAUGUGUUCUGGAAGGAGCAGCAGAUUUAGGAGCUGUUUUCCAUGGUCCCUUGAAGCUUACUGGUACUUUAAUACUCCUUUUUUUGAAUUGUUUGAAGGAAAGCUGGUAGUGGAUGACCUGCCCAGUGGUGGCAGGUGGCAGCCCAGGCUGUCAGUGGGGGGAACACUCUGCCCAGGCCGUGAGGAUUGUGGUCCACGCCGUAGCCAGACAGUGUCAUGGUGACAGCCAAACAUCAGGAGAUCCUUGUUUGCAGCCAGUCUGAAAAGAGAAGCUGUUCCUCACUCGUAAGUUCCAUUUCCCAAACCUCCUCCUGGGAGCUGAACUCGUUUCAUCAAGCAAAGGAUUUAAUGUUCUCCUGCCCCUCCUGGCCCUCCCUGCCCUCAGUAACUCGUGUGCAUUUCCUUCCUUUCUGUAGAUGCAGAUGUUCUAGGCAAUACCACAGAGCACCCGCGCUGCGAGUGCGACCAUGUCAUCUUAAAAAAUACAAAAAAAAAUAUACAAAAAAUAUACAAAAAAUAUCUUUUUUAGGCCAGAGUUUUCUACAGGUAUUAAUGAAUAUUUUUCUUAAUCCUUAUAAGUUUUAUGUGUUUAAUAUUUCUUAAUACCGGUAGCAUUAAUUUAUACUUUUGUAGCAACACAAUAUUUUUAUAAACCGCCACCGCUGGCUUUGUCUUCAUAACGGGAAACGUGCGGGCAGCUGGCCCCGCGCUGUACCAUGUACUGUAUUUAAAAGGUUAUCUAAUGUCACACUUGCUGUGUUAAUAAACAAAACAAAACCUGUUUGAAGUCUCAUGUAUUGUUGGUGUGGAUCAAAUGACUCACUAGAGAGCAAUAUUGCACGGGGUUGAGUUGCUGAUUUUCAUUGUGAUAUGCGAACGCUUGAGGCCAACUCAAGUUCUGAGGUGUUUUUUUUUCCUUUUAGGAUUUUGUUUUGUUUUUGUUUUGUUUUGGGUUUUUUUUUCAGCUAAAUAAAUUCAGUGCUGUUUGAAACUUAGACUGACGUCAAAUGAAAAGGAUUAUUAAAGAAAAAAAAAAUCAAGGUGUUUAAAUGUUGCUGUUUUUACAAGUCUGUUGCUGUCUGAAUGGAAAUAUUCCACAAGAGGAGGAAUAGUUCCACUUAGCUUCCAAAGGGGCCGAGCUCCAGGCCAGAGUUCGGUUAUUUGGAAAUACCUUAGAGACAUGUUUCUGCAACAUUCUUUUCAGAAUUGAUGCCAAGGCAGAAGACAAACUGUAACUGUAAGAAAGCAUCCGUUGCUUGAGGAUUUUCAUGUCAGUGUUGUAUUUAUGGUUUUACAAUAAAACAACCUUUAGGG